AUGGCCAGUUAUAAGGAUUUAGGCGCUGAUGCCGCAACGGCGGACGCUGCUCGGGAUGAGCUGAUGGCUUGGAUACAGGAGAAGAACCCAGACCUGUUGAUCAACACAUUCGAUCGGCCCUUCCAGCCUCUCCCCCAUACUGCGAAGACCAAAGCGGUCGCUGUCAAAUAUGAGGCUGUUGGUGGACGACAUGCCGCACAGAUCCUCAAUGUCCAACCUGAACAAGUCCAGGUGUUCAGCGCUUCAAGGGCCGUCGUCUACACCAGAUUUAACUGUCCCUCGAGUCAGUCGCCAAGCGGAACAACCUCUGGGAAAGUCGUUACAAUCCUAGCUCUCGGCGCGUUAGAUCAUGACAAAGGCUUACCUGGAAUUGGGAGCCCGGCUCAGCACCACAAAUUGGACAGCGGAGAGGUGCUAUGUGCUUCGGGAGAUGCGCUUCAAUCUUUCAAUCCAAAUCUAGGUAGGGGCCAAGUCGGACUCGCAAUCCUGACUCUCUGGACUAUCGUGGCUCAACCAAGAGAUACGGCUGAAGGGUCUAGGAAGUCAUAG